AUGGGGUUUUACCCCACCUGCUCGUCACAUUUCAAGCGAGUCAAGAUAAAGUUAAUACUUAUUCUAAUUAUGGCUGCAUAUAUUUUUGCCAGGAAUGAACACUAUAUCGGCUGGAAAUCCUACUUCGUGAGACCUAUAAGCAAAGACCAUGUUAGAGCCUUAGUUAUACUUGGUGAAAAACUGGAUUUGGACUUCUUAAGCCCACCACAUCCAGAAAGGGAGGCUUUAGUAUUGGUACCUCCGAAACAUCAACUGGAAUUCAUUACAAGAUUGAAAUAUUUUACCAUAAAAUACUGGACUCACGCGGAAAACGUCAAAGCAGCUCUUGACCAUGAUGACGAACUAUUGAGAAAUUGGACAAAUGUAAUACUUAGAGGAGGUGGUACUGUUAUGCCAUAUAACAGCUACCUUAAUUUGGAUGCAAUCUACGCCUACAUGCACGAUGUCUCAAUGAGACACCAAAAAACGGUGACCAUGGUUACAGCAGGCCAUUCGUUCGAAGGCCGUCCGCUUAGGUACUUGAAAAUCUCCACUACGAAUUUUCAAAGAAGACUUAAAAAGAUUAUCUUCAUCGAUUCUGGGAUCCAUGCAAGGGAGUGGAUAGCUCCCCCUGUCGUCACUUGGAUUAUCCAUAAGUUAACUGAUGAUGUCACUGAGCCCAAAAUACUCGAUGAUUUUGAUUGGAUCCUCAUGCCGAUCGUCAACCCUGAUGGCUAUGAGUUCAGUUUUUCCAAAAAACGCCUCUGGCGCAAAACUCGGUCUACUGAUACCAACCCUAAAAGCUACAGAUGUCCUGGCGUCGACGGAAAUCGAAACUUCGACUUUGCUUGGGGUGCCACGGGAACCAGUAGUAACCCUUGCUCCGAAAUCUACCGUGGAAAUAAAGCCUUCUCCGAAGUUGAAAUCAGAGCCGUCCGUGACAUAUUUCAAACUUAUUUUAACCGCAUGUCUAUGUACAUUUCAAUGCAUAGCUUUGGAAGUAUGAUUUUGUAUCCAUGGGGACAUAAUUCUUCCGUCUCCAAAUAUAGCUUCAAUCUUCAUUUAGCCAGCUCUGCUAUGAUUAAAGCCAUCAAAAACGCGUCCUUACCAAAUUUCCCCGCCUAUGUCAAUGGCAAUUCUGUACAAACUAUCUUCUAUACGGCUGGAGGUGCUGCUGAUGACUAUGCUCAUAAUCUGGGGAUCCCCUAUUCAUACACCUUCGAGUUGCCUGGACUGUCAGGUGGUAUGGAAGGCUUUGAACUAGAUCCCAUGUAUAUUGAACAAGUAUGCACAGAAACUUGGCUUGGAAUAGUAGCAGGUAUCACAAAAACUAUAAAAUUAGCUGAGAAGGAUCGUAGCUAG